UUGACUUUUUGGUCAACCCCAUUUGCAAACGCUUUUUUGCUUCAUCAGCUAUUUCAUGCAUUCUGACUCUGACGAUACAUACAACCAACAACAAUUCAUUGACAUCAGAAAACAAAAGAAGCAACAAAAGUACGCAAAAUCCAAAAAGUUUCAGAAUGGCAUCGAUAAAUAUGAACCGCAGCACAAUGAGCCUGCUAUUGCACAAGCGGGCUCUAGCAGCAACACUUUGGAAAAUGAAAGACCCAAGUGCAUGAUUAAUAAUGUGCCGAUGGAGGUCCUCAUCCAUAUCUUUGCUCGACUAGACCCUAGUUCUCUUAUAUUUGCGGCCCAAGUCUGUAAAUUUUGGAGACAUAUCGUCAAGGACGAUACAUGCUGGCGUCAAGGGUUUAUAGCUUAUUUCGGAGCUCCUCCCUUCAAAAGACUAGCAUCUGAUUCAUGGAAGUCAGAAUAUGUCUUGAGAACUCAUUUACACAGGAAAUGGGAGAAGGGCAGAGGCACUGUGUUGGUUUUCGACCCGAAGAUUGGCCCAUUGGACAAUAUCUUUGUCAAUUUUCAGAAUUCUUGGAUGCUUUCGGGAACUUUGGGCAGAGCUAUGGCGACCAAAUCCGACCCAUCCACCGGAAAGACAGAUCGAAUUGCCAUCUUCGGUCAUGAAGAUGCCGAACCAUCUCCUGUAUCGUCCAUGAAGAUGGAUGGCCAUCAGAUCAUAUGGGGCCAUUUCGAUGGAUACCUCACCAUUACAACCAGAACUAUAUCAACAAGCGGCCGACAGUUGAAAAGGUUUACCGAUUUUCACGAGGGCCCAGUGACGGCAGUUACUACAUCAUCUACGCUACACAAUGUUGUGUUAAGUGGUGGUCAAGAUGGAAUUGUCAAGAUUUGGGAUAUUGCAUCGGGACGCUGUGUCGGCAAUUUACUGGGAGCCAGGUCUGCUGUUACCAAAAUAUGUGUGGAUUCCCGUAAAAGAAUCAUUGCAGGCUGUACCGAUGGUAGCACGCUCGUGUGGAAUGUUGAUGUGGUUGCUGUACUGACGGCUGCAAGAAAUGCCAAUGGUCACAGGCACGUGUACGAAGGUGGUCAAGAUGCCGCACCGGUGUAUUCUCAACUUCCAGAUUUUGGAGUAACCCCGCCAGGCGAGGAUAUGCCCAUCAUGGAAAUUCUUUAUGAUGAUGAGCAUGAGUUUCUCAUUGUUCAGUAUUCCAACUGUUCACGAAUCUACAAAUACAGCGCUUCCGAUGGUCAACGUCAAGCUGUGUUCGAGAAUCCUAAUAGUACCGCCAAAAUUACGUGCAUACAAUGGGAUAAAGAGGCGACAUCCGCUAAUGAAGAGGAACCCACGCCUCCUAAAGCAAAUGUCAGGCAAUCUAGACAUCAACAAGACAUCAUAGCUGCAUCCAAUUUCCCAGUCGUUACCAGCAAUGAAUUGUUCCCCAGCGUAACAAUCAGAAUCCUUGCCAGUGGCGAUGAAAAUGGAAAUGUAUGCUUGUUCGACAUGGAUUCGGUGUCUACCAAAGCUACUAUGCCUCUUACCACCAUUCAUGGCCAUCAUACUGCCAUUAGUGCUAUCUACCUUGAUGCUUGCAAAGUGGUUACUGGAAGUACUGACGGCUGGAUUAAGAUUUGGGAUCCAAUAAGCGGUGUCAAUAUCAAGAUUUUACAUAACAAAAUACCGCGUAAUGCCCCGGUAGAUCGUACGGACAUGGAUUUGUUUUCCGUCAGGAAGAUUAUCUGUACGGAUUAUGUUGGUGUCGCCAUCAUUGGCAACCAAAUUAAAUCUUGGGACUUUUCACCUGACAAGCAGCUACUGAGCAGACGGAAGCUUCGACCCAAAAAGUCCAAUAACGCCGGCAACUUGUAUUCUUCCAGAGGACAGCUGCAAGCCGAAAUUCAUGAAGCGAUGAAUGAAUCCAAGUCGAGAAUAGCCGAUGAACGAAAAGCCAUGGAAGAAGAAACUCGUACCAUUCAGAAACUGACACUUGGUCUUUCCGAUACAGAAGCACUGGAGUACGCCAUCAUGCUCUCCGAGGAAGCCAGCGUGCAGGCUACACCUGUUGUUCAGAUCAAGGAUGACCACGACAAAGGCACUGAAGAAGAUGAGGAGCUCAUGCAGGCAGUGAUUGCAAGCUUAGAAUCUGCCAAGCAUGAGCAAAGUAGUGACCGGGUUUCAAACGAUGAAGGUGACGCUACACCUUCCAACGACUCUCUGUCGUUGUUUUCAGAAUCAACCAGCGUCACGGAUGAUAGAGAGCUUUAUCAGGCCUUGGAUGACCCCACUGAGUGGCCAUCUAUUGGAAGCGCAAAGAAUAGUAUACCCAGCAGUUGGAGUGAUUCUAACCCAGGCCGCAUCCUAGAGCAGGCUCCGUCCCGUCCUGCUGCCAGUAGAUACGUCGAGGAUGAAGAUGACGAAGAGCUGCAAUAUGUCCUGAAGCUCAGUAUGGGUGAAGUUUAGCACCCGAUAGAUAGAGUUGAUACAAGUUUUUUUGAGUUUAUUUGCUUUCCACCGAUUGUUCCUUGGGAACAGUCUUGUUUAAUAAAACCCAUUGUGGUCUUUGUUUGAAAGAAAGAAA